UUUGGUUUAAUCAUGGCCUGGAUUAGAGGCCUAGUGAGUGUUAAGAAGUUUCUACUUCUCUUUGUUCUUCUGCAGUUGAUUGCCUUUUCAGUUGCGGGCAAUACGAGCAAGAAAAGUCCAGCUAAAACCACAAAAGGCUACAAGCAGGGGUACAAUAUGGGUUACUCUAAAGACUACAACUAUGGAAAAGGUACAAAGAGUGCAAUGAGUUACAACAGCGGCUACAAAGGCUACAAAAAGGGCUCUCAGUGGUACAAUAAAGACUAUCCUAAUAAGGGUUACAAUUACGGUUAUUAUGACGAUGAGGACAUGGGAUGGGGAUGGGGUAUGGAGGGCAGUGGAGGCUAUUCCAACAAGAAGGACUAUGGAUGGAAGAAGAACUCGAGUAACAUGAAAUAUAUAAAACCGAAAAAGACAAGUGGAUCAUCUUCAGGCUCAGGCACGAACUCAGGGUCAAAUUCAGGCUCAAAUUCAGGUUCGAAUUCAGGUUCGAAUUCAGGCAGCGGAUCGAGUAACCCAUUAACCGAUGUCAUAAAUGCAUUAGUUGGUGCGCUUGGAAAUGCAGCCUCUGGUUAAGAAAAAUAACUGAAUUUCUCUGUAUUUAAACUCAAUUUUUCUGAAAUAAAUUGAAAGGAAAUUGCAAUGCUAA